GCUGCGAAGUGCAGCGGCUGCAUGGAAAAGAUCGCCCCGACAGAGUUUGUGAUGAGAGCCCUGGAGUGCGUUUACCACUUAAGCUGUUUCUGCUGCUGCGUUUGCGAACGGCAGCUGAGGAAAGGGGACGAAUUUGUGCUCAAGGAGGGGCAGUUGCUCUGCAAAAGUGACUAUGAAAAAGAGAAGGACUUGUUGAGCUCGGUCAGCCCGGACGACUCAGACUCAGUUAAAAGUGAUGAUGAGGACGGAGAUGUUAAGCCCACCAAAGGACAAGUAACCCAAGGGAAAGGAAGUGAUGAUGGGAAGGACCCAAGAAGACCCAAACGGCCAAGGACAAUACUUACUACGCAGCAGAGACGAGCGUUCAAAGCAUCCUUUGAGGUGUCUUCCAAGCCCUGUAGGAAGGUCAGAGAAACACUAGCGGCUGAAACAGGACUCAGUGUCCGAGUUGUCCAGGUCUGGUUUCAAAACCAAAGAGCAAAGAUGAAAAAACUAGCACGAAGGCAUCAGCAGCAGCAGGAGCAACAGAACUCGCAGCGACUCGGGCAAGAAGUGAUGUCCAACCGAAUGGAGGGGAUGAUGACAUCUUACACACCGCUCGCACCGCCACAGCAGCAGAUUGUAGCAAUGGAUCAGAGCAGCUAUGGCACAGACCCAUUUCAGCAGGGUCUCACCCCUCCACAAAUGCCAGGCGACCACAUGAACCCAUAUGGGAACGACUCCAUUUUUCAUGAUAUCGACAGUGAUACCUCUUUAACUAGCUUGAGCGACUGUUUUCUUGCCUCUUCCGAAGUUAACUCCAUGCAGGCUAGAGUAGGAAACCCCAUUGACAGGCUGUACUCUAUGCAGAGCUCCUAUUUCGCCUCAUGA